AUGGAGGAAAGGAAGCUUUGCGAGACUUUGAAGGGAAUAUUGAGGUUUCAUGACAGUAUUUCUACAUCCGAACAUUCCGAGAGAGGAUUCGUGAAAAGUAAUCUUCCGUAUUGCCCAUCUCCAUCCGAUCCAGAUGAGUACGUCUACUGUUGCCAGUUUUUUACAUUUGGUGAAACUUUUCCAAGUUGCUGUCGAUUCCCCAUAUAUACUGGUGUAGUCUAUGCACUCACUAUUUCUGCUGUCUUGUUAUUCUUAUUACUACUUUUCCUUUAUUGCUGGUGCUGGCCAAGUAGCUUAUUCAAUACGAGAAGAAGAAGUCCACGUUAUCGAUCGAAUGGUUCCUCCAAAACAGCGGACUCUAAGAGGAAACGAGGAGUGGAAUUUGUACUAGGGAGCAACAUUGUUCUGGAUGUGUUUCUCGCUGGGAAUGUGAUCCAACACAACAGUAGUUACUGGAAAAUCACACGUCAUUCUGAGCCACGUAACUUUAAACAUCUGCUUCUGCGCUGUGAUUUAAGGAAAGGGCAGGAUUUGCGCUGA